UCCCCUUUUACUUCUCCCGUCAAAAAGUGUGUUUCUCCUUUCUUUGCUCGUUGUUGUUAAACCCAGCAACUCCACUGGAGCAAGGUGCUAUCCUUUUUCAGCAUUAGGGUUUUCGUUUUUCUUACUCAGCUAGAGCUCAAAUGAGCGAUUCCAGAGAAGAAUCUCCAGAUUGGUUGCGCUCUUUCCAUCCGCCAACUUUAUCUGCCAUAGAACUGUCAUCUGGAUCCGAAUCACCAUUGGAUGGCAGUCCAGCAAUUAGUGAUGAUGAGGAUGACAUCAACCUCAGUAAGUUGUUUAAGAAAGAAGCAAAGCAGGACUCAGAUAUUAACGAUAAAGAUUAUAUGACAGAAGCUGUGGUUAAUAAGCCUGUCAAAGGGAAGUCGCCCAAGAAAAAUGGCAAAGGGAAGUCGCCCAAGAAAAAUGAUAAAGUAAAGCCGACACCAGAGAGGAAGAGGCAAAGCAAGGAUGAGAGUGAAAGAGAAGGAAAGAGGGCCAAAGGAAAAGACACCAAUAUGAUAAGUGGAACUCAGAAGCUUGGAAAGUCUCAUGAACAGAGCCAUUCCAUUUGGUCAUUGUCCUCGGAUUCUGAGUCUUCACCGGAUACACAGCCUGUCAACAAUGAUAAAGCGUCAAAGGGAGAGUUAUCUGCAAAUGAAGAAGAUAUUGCCAUAAAAAACAUAAGAGAAGUUGAUAAUAUUCUCCUUGACCAUGAUGGAGAACCUCCAAUGAACCGAGUCUUGAAAAAGCUGGAAAAAGAAGAUGAGAAAACCUCAAAGAACAAGAAUACUAACAUCAGUAUAAAUGGAGAGAAUGAUGUGAAGGAAGACAGCUCUAGGAAGCAUCCUGGGCUACAGGGAUCCUCUUCAAGGUUGCCAUUGUUGCUUUCGGAGAAAGUUCAGCGUUCAAAGGCACUUGUCGAGUGUGAAGGUGAUUCCAUUGAUUUGAGUGGUGAUGUGGGUUCUGUUGGACGGAUAGUAGUUUCAGAUGAUCCCUCCAAAAAUCAUGAGAUGUUCUUGGAUUUGAAAGGAACCAUAUACAAAACUACCAUAAUUCCAUCAAGGACAUUCUGUGUGGUAAGCUUUGGUCAAUCAGAAGCAAAGAUAGAGGCGAUUAUGAAUGACUACAUUCAGUUGAAACCACAAUCUAAUGUUUUUGAGGCUGAAACUAUGGUUGAAGGAACGUUGGAUGGAUUUCCAUUUGAUUCAGAAGAUGAAAACGAAAAGUCGAUUGCUCAAGCCGAUCAACAUGAGGCUGCUGAGGAGCAACCUGAUGGAAAAUCCAAAAGAAAACCUGACAAAACAUUGGGUGCGGCAAGGAAAAAGGGAAAGUCUGCAAGUGGAAAGCCGCCCAAGAAAGUGAAAAAGAAGCCUCAAGUUUCUAAAAAAAGCAAAACCAAGAAAUGAGAAACAAAUUAUCUACAACACUGAUACUUCCGUUCUAGUUUCUGUUAUUUUAUUAAUUUCCCUCGCUGCACCUAUUUGUGCUGCUUACACAAUGGUGACUUGCAACAGGAAUAUCAGUAGAGGCUGCUUAAUUUGUAUUUCUUGUAAAAUUUAGCUUUAGGGAAACAGAAAAGUUUUGUGCUAUUGACUCCUUUAUGGAAAUAAAAGUAUAAUUGCU